AUGGGCGGAUCGGACAUCUAUGACUCGGACGGGCGCUUCGAGGUUGACCGGGUCUACGAGAAGGUCCUGGCCAACUUGGAGGACUUCUUCGGAUCGGACAUCCUGCCGGACCUGUCGGAGUUCUGCGAAUCCCUGGCCCAAGUGCGCAACGACCGGCAGUCCAAGCUGCGCAUCGCCCUGCAGGACCAUCUCCACCAGGCCUCCGGCUGGACCAACCAAAUCCAGCAGCGCUUCGACGACGCGGUCACCGUGGAGCAGUCCCUCUCGCAGGCCAUCCAGCUGUGUGCCAGUGCGCAGGGGGCAUUGCCCGACUUUGACAAGCUCUUUUUCGCGCAUGUCUCCCACCGCCGGACCGAGCAGGUGCAGCACAUCACCUCCACCCUGGAAUCCAUGCAGGGGUUGAUCAUUCACCUGCGGCAGCGCAUCCAGGCCGACCAGGCCGACUUGGAGAAUACCCAAUUCGAGCUGUAUGUCUUCAUGAUGCUGGCCCGGCUUCGCCUAUUCCAGCGGCAUUGUGUGGCAUCGGUGGCCGCUCGGCCGCCCUCCCAGUCUGGCUUCCGGCUGCUGGACCUGCUGGAGUUCAUCAUCGAGGAUUCCACCCGUCUGGCGGCCGAAUUUGAGGCCCUGCUGAUGGCCAUCGCCGGGGAGCAGCUCCGGCUGGCCGAUGUCAACCCCUCGGCCGUGGUGGCCCUCUAUGUGAUCGUGGCCAAGGCCGAGGAGAUCGACCGGUCGCUGGCCGCCGGGGUGGCCCUGCCGAUGACCAUCGACCCGCAUGGCCGGUGCUUCGAGCCGGACCCCGUGGUGUUGGACCACCAGAAUGAGGUGCUCGCGGCGGCGGCCGCCGCCGAGGCAGCCCGUGCGGCCACCGUCGCCGACCGGCCGAGUCUCCUUCGACGCGCGGCGGCCGUGGCCCCGACGGCCGUGGCCAAUCCCCGCGGCACGUCGGCCGCCGAUGCCCUGUCCCCCGGGGCCGAGCAGGAUUACAUGCGGUCGGCUGCCAACAUCCUGGACUCCUUCCGGUAUGACCUCCGAAGCAAGACCCUGGCCGCGGUGGCCACGGCCAUCAGCUCGGAAUUUGCGGCCCUCGCCCGGCAUACCCCCCUGCCGGAGGUUCUCGGGCCCCUGUCGGCCUUCAUCGACUCGUCGGUGGUUCGAUUGAUGGAUCUCCUCCGGCCGCUGGUGGACCCGAGCCUCGGGGUGCCCCGGCUCUUUGUACGGGCAUACCACGCCCACACCAAUGACCUGCUGCUGCGGAUUCUGCGCGACCCGAAGCUCUCGCGGCCGCACCUGCUGGUGUUGUUGCAAUUCAUCGAGGGCUACCAGGCAUCCAUGACCGGGCGCCUCGGGGUGCCGGCCGAUUGGCUGUCCCCCCCCCUGCUGGCCGACCAGCGGGCCACCAUCUACCAGCGGUACAAUCGCGAGGUGACCGUCAUGCUUGGGACGUGGGUGUUGAAUUUGCUUCAGCGCGAGCGCCAGGCCUUCAUCCGGCGGACCGAUGCGCCCCCCAUCGACCCCGGCACCGGGCACUUCCGGUCCACGGCCAGUGUCCUUCUUUUCCAGAUGCUCAACCAGCAGCUGGACCAGACCCUCACCUCCUCGAGCUUGCCGCUGGUGGAGCAAUUCCUCACCUCGGCGGCCGGGCUGCUGGGCGAGUCGCGGCUCUUCCUCCUGCGCAUGGUGGUCAUCGAGUUGCGCCGGUACCUGGCGCACUAUGGGUCCGGGUAUCCCUUCCUGCUGUCGGUCUUCCCGGUGGAGCUCUUCUGCGUCCGGCUUCCGGCCCUGGAGGAGGCGGCCAUGGGCGGGUCCUCCAGCGGCCCGGCCACCACCGGCUCGAGCAAGUCCCCGGCCAACCCCUUCCUCCAGACGCCGGCCCCCACCGGCAUGGCGGCCCUACCGCCGGCCGUGGUGGCCAUGCUCACCGGCGGGUUUUGGUCGGAGGAGAUGCCAUACGAGGCGCCCGGGUCGGGGCCCGGGUCGCCGGCCCUCGGCCCCGGAAGCACCCCCUCGCCGCCGACCGGCGGCGGGGACGAUGAGGAUGACAUCCCCGGCGGGCUGGUGGAGUACCUGCUUCUGACGUCCAAUACGCUGACCUCGAGCUCGGAUUUGCUCGCGGACUUCAUCGCCCACCUGCGCAAGCUCCUGGCGCGGGUGGGCCCGAGCGAGGCAUUGUUUGCCCCGCUGCAGGAGGCCCUGCGUGACUUGCGCCUGGGCGCCACCUUCCCCCUGUUCGGGGCCAUCUUCCUGAUGCUGUGUGAUACCUUCCGCCUGUUGCGCGGGUUGCUGACCGGGCGCUGGUAUGAGGAAAACCUCAUGACCGAUGUCAUUGCCACCUUCGCCGAUUACAUGGAGGACAUUCGGCCGCGCAUUCCCCUCUACUCCUUCGACAAGCUGGGGGUCAUGCUCCUGGAGCAGGUGGUCGCGUGCUACAUUGAUGCCCUGUUUUCCCGGGCGGCGGUCUUCCGCCCGGGGGAGCUGGAGCGCCGGCUCAAGGCCGACACCGAGGCCCUCGGGGCUCUCUUCCGGCCGCUGAUCCAAAACCCCAGGCGCCUGGAGGAGGCCCUGAAGCUCAUCCACUCGCUAUGCAGCAUGACCGUCUGCCCGCACACCAAUGUCCACCUCUUCUUCGAGGAGUCGCGCCGUGUAUGCGGCACGCUCACCUCGACGCACGUGGCGCGUCUGCUGCAGCGCCGGUCCGACCUGACUCGCGAGCAGAAUUCCAGUGCCCUGGCCACCUGUCGCAAGGUGGAGGAGAGCCAGCCGCAGCCGGCGCCCCCGCAAAAGGUCCUCCCCACCACGGUGCCCACCAGCGUCGAUCACAUUCAGUUGGCCCUCGAGCGGGCCUUGAGCGGGCGUUCAUAG